GAUAUCGAUCACCUGUGUCUUGCCCUAACUUGCAAAUCAUUACUGCACCACCUUGACGAAUCGGCAACCUUACAACAGCUACCAAAGUUCAGAGAUUGCAAAGCGCUUCCGGCAUUUCCAUAUGAUGCCAGAUUAAGCGCCAAUAAGCGCCGCACUGAUCGGUGGAGGCUUCUUCAGAGACUGGAGAACUCGUACUGGCGAUGUUGCUUUGGUUGCUUCAGGCUCCAUCCCUCGCACGAAUUUUCUUCUAAGGAUCUCAAAACUCCCGCUUCGAAACGAACAUGUAUUUAUGGACCUCUUGUUGGAAUUGUUCAUCUAUGUCCUUGUAUGGAUAUGACGUUUCGGGACAAGAGGAAGCUCACGAAAAUAUUAUCAUCACCAGAGAGGCGAGUAGAGCCCUACAGGAUUCAUGAUGGCUUUUUUGAGUUUUUCGGUUCUGCUGGGCGCCAUCAGUGUUUGCAUUCAUAUGCUACUGAGACGAAAACUGCAAGUCUAAAGUGCGAAGUUAGUUUGAAACUUGAAGAGUGCGAGAACUUCGUUGUGGAGACUAAGUACACAAUCGCGGAUACUAAACGUCCACGCAUGCUCUUCCACGAUACCAUGUUACCAUGUCCCCAU